CGCGUGGGCUUAGUAAUUAACUCCCCAUUACAGAACCAGGUCCACCGUUGGUUUCUGCAACUUUCUCCUCUUCCUUCUUCCCUCCCCUGUUUACUUUUACGUUAAAUCCUAUUUCAUUCAUUUUCCCACCACCCAAACAAUCCCAAAGAGAAAAAAAGGAACCACCCAUAGCCAGAAAACAAGCCAAAAAAAAUGUCAGACGAUGAAACAGUGGAAGAGUACUUAUUCAAAAUAGUGAUAAUAGGAGAUUCAGCCGUCGGUAAAUCCAACCUCCUUUCUCGAUUCGCACGAAACGAGUUCAACGCUCACUCCAAAGCAACCAUUGGAGUUGAGUUUCAAACCCAGAGCGUUGAAAUCGAUGGAAAAGAAGUUAAAGCUCAGAUUUGGGACACCGCGGGCCAAGAACGUUUCCGGGCUGUAACAUCGGCUUAUUACAGGGGUGCUUUCGGUGCUUUGUUGGUUUAUGAUAUUAGCCGAAGAGCUACGUUCGAUAACGUUGCUCGGUGGCUUGAUGAGCUUAACUUAUCCGAUUUUCAUUUGUUUGCUUUCCUGUUGAAGUACAAUCAGAAAACCAAGGCACAUUCGGAUACAACAGUGGCAAGGAUGCUGGUAGGGAACAAAUGCGAUUUGGAAAACACACGGGAAGUGAGCUUAGACGAAGGUAAAAGCUUGGCAGAAUCCGAAGGGUUGUUCUUCAUCGAGACGUCUGCGCUCGAUUCGACCAAUGUCUGGACUGCGUUCGAGAUCGUUAUCCGAGAGAUCUAUAACAAUGUGAGCCGAAAAGUUUUGAGUUCGGAUUCGUACAAAGCCGAGUUAAGUGUCAACAGGGUAAGCCUAGUGAAUGAUGAUGAGUUGAAGCAAUCUAAGACCAAGUACGCAUGUUGUUCUUCAUAGUUUUAUGUUUCUUUCCAUUGCAAUAUCAAAAGGGUUUUCUAAGAUUACUGUCUUUUUGCCUUGCAUUAACCUUGUUAUAUAAUGAAUUUUGAAAACUUUUGGUUUUGAAUAACUAAAAGUAUCAUGGAGGCCCUGUUCAAGAGUCAAA